AUGGCUGCACUGUGCAAGCGGAUCUUGUGCCCCAGAGCCCUUGUCUGGGGCCCGAAUAAGGCGAUUCAGACUCGACUCCAAAGCACCGCCGCUAGACCCAACGCCACCGUCGCAUCGCCUGAAUUACCUUCACAGUCCAAGGUCUCCCCUCGGUUAUCGACGCUCAAGUCUGCGAAGCCUUUCUCCGAGUUCCUUACAGAUACCUUCAAUCGCCAGCAUGACUAUCUCCGCAUCAGCGUCACGGAACGGUGCAAUCUUCGGUGUUUAUACUGCAUGCCCGAGGAAGGCAUAGAUCUAUCGCCGUCUGCCAAGCUGCUCACGUCCCCGGAGAUCCUCUAUCUAUCUUCGCUUUUCGUCUCACAAGGCGUUACCAAGAUCCGGUUGACAGGCGGGGAACCGACGGUCCGGAAGGAUAUCGUACCGUUGAUGCAGGACAUUGGCAAGCUACGGCAGAAUGGACUCCGGGAACUGUGUCUUACAACCAACGGGAUCUCAUUACAUCGGAAGCUAGAUCCGAUGGUCGAGGCUGGACUGACGGGUGUCAAUCUAAGUCUCGACACGCUGGACCCAUUCCAAUUCCAAAUCAUGACGCGACGCAAGGGAUUCGACGCUGUGAUGAAGAGCAUCGAUCGUAUUCUAGAAAUGAAUAAGGUCGGAGCGGGCAUCAAACUAAAGAUCAAUUGUGUUGUUAUGAGGGGUAUGAAUGACCGUGAGAUUCUCCCGUUCGUGGAGUUAGGCCGUGAGAAGCCUAUCGAAGUGCGGUUCAUCGAGUACAUGCCUUUCGAUGGGAACAAAUGGAAUCAGGGCAAGAUGUUCCCUUACCAGGAGAUGCUAGCUGUUAUUCGGGAGAAGUAUCCUACUUUUGAGAAAGUAGCGGAUCAUAAGAAUGACACGAGCAAGACAUACCGUGUGCCUGGAUUCGAGGGACGCGUUGGUUUCAUCACGAGUAUGACGCAUAACUUCUGUGGUACCUGCAAUCGACUCCGCAUCACAAGUGAUGGUAACCUCAAGGUUUGCCUAUUUGGUAACUCCGAGGUGUCCCUGCGCGACAUUAUUCGCAAAGAGAACGCCGGAAACCCAAUUGACUCAGAUGCGAUGAACGAUCUACAACUACUGGAAACAGUCCAAACAGCAUCCCGCCUUAGCGAUGAAGGCGCCUUAGUGAACGAGCGAGAGCGCGAGAUCCUCGAUAUUAUCGGCAUGGCCGUGAAACGCAAGAAGGCGAAACACGCUGGCAUGACCCAAUUGAAGGAUAUGAAAAACCGGCCUAUGAUCUUGAUUGACAAUAAACCGAAACACAGGCCAACCUACUCUUUGACAACAAGAGCUAGCCCUCCCUGGUCAAAUAUCCCAGUCUACCUGCUGUCACAUUUACCCACUACUUCCCAAGCUCGUCUCUACCACAGCGGACGCUCUACAGCCGACCCCAAAGACCAAAAUCAAAACACCUCUCGCCCAUCCCCAUCUCUCCCAACAACCUCCGAUGCAGACCUCCCACACCUAACUCCAUCCAAAACAGUCCACAUGACGCAAAUUACCGAAAAACCGGAAACAAAACGCCUGGCCACAGCGGCAUGUACAGUCUCCUUCUCAAACAAACGACCCUGGUCAAUCCUGCGCAAAGGCCAAACACACAAAGGCGACGUAUUCAGCGUCGCCCGGAUCGCCGGCAUCAUGGCCGCUAAGCGCACACCGGAUAUUGUCCCAUUAUGUCAUCCUGGGAUUGGAAUUACCGGAGUGGAGGUUAGUGUUGAAUUGAAUGAGCCAAAGAAUAUAGACUUUGGUUCUAUGAAGAUCGUUGCGACAGUUAGUUGCUUUGGCAGGACGGGGGUUGAAAUGGAGGCUAUGACCGCUACUAUGGGGGCGGCUUUGACGGUUUAUGAUAUGCUCAAGGCUGUUGAUAAGGGGAUGGUUAUUGAUGCUGUUCGGUUGCUUGAAAAGCAGGGUGGGAAGAGUGGACAUUGGAUUAGGGAGGAGAGAGUAGAGUGA